AGCUAACUGGUAACUAAAUAUCGAAUAAUUUGACCAUCCUUAGAUCGGUAAUUGCGGCGGCAUCACAAAGAAAAAAACAAUAAUUAUCCAAGAAAAUUAAAUAAGUUGCAUGAAAAUGGAUACAGAAGAAGUCAAGCGUGGUCGAGGACGAGGCCGUGGCACUAGAGCUCGAGGUCGUGGACGCGGCCGCGGACGUGGUCGUGGCAAGAAAAUUGAUGAAUCUAACAUAGUACUGGAAACAUUUGAAGCUAGCAUUAGCACAACGUUGACUGUCAACAGUGGUGUACUAGAGGGCAGCCCAAGUAGCCUGGAUCAUGCAGAGGAUGCUGUAAUGCAGGAGCUUGACAAGGACAACGAAAUAGAGUUGGCAGCUGCUGAGGAGCAAGCAACGCCAAUUGAUGACAUGACACCGCCACCACUGCCACAACACCAGCAGCAGGUAGCGCCGCCUGUGCUGCCAAAACCAAUUGAUAUGGAGGCUGACAUUUCGCAGUUGGAAGCGCCUACGUUUACAACACUAUCGCGUGGACCGCCCGAGCCUAUGCUGCGCCUUAAGUGGAAUCACAAAGUUAACCUGAUUGGUGAAAAAGUGCUUAAUCCGAUGAUUCAUUGCUGCGAUCAGUGCGACAAGCCCAUACUUGUCUAUGGCCGCAUGAUUCCCUGCAAGCAUGUCUUCUGUCUAAAAUGUGCCCGUGCCGAGCCCAUCAAGAACUGUCCCCGCUGCAGCGACAAAGUGCUACGCGUCGAACAAUCGGGUCUGGGCACUGUGUUUAUGUGCACGCAUGGAGGCAGCUGUUAUGGUAACACAGGAUGUCGACGCACGUACCUAUCGCAGCGAGACUUGCAGGCGCACAUCAAUCACAGACACGUAGCUCCACAGCAGCAGCCACUUCUCACCGCUGCCCCUGGUGUCGAAUCUAAGCUGACGGAGUUGAGCAGCCUGGAGUUGCAUAAGCAGCGCAAGCUCUCCGAGUCAUCUGCCGUUGCCGCCGCUUCAUCCGCAGCAGCUGCACACAUGCAGCAACGCUCCGCGGCACGCAACUCGCUCACUGGCAUUGGCUCCAUUCUUCCGCCUGGGUCAGCCGAGCGCGCGGCGCUUCACUCAACGCACUCUACCUUAACUCAAGCCAAUCUAGCGCGCAUUAACAAUGCCAAUGCUCAGGAAUGCCAUCAGGGAAAGGCGUCACUACAUCAAACCUUAAAAAAGGGCACGCAUCAGUCUGAAACUGUGGCGGAUGCCUCCUACUACAGCAGCGUGUUGGCAUCCUUUGGCGAGCGCAUUUGAAGCAUACUC